UCAGGGACGGGGGAUGAAGAUAACGGAUCCUACCAGCUGAGGGGAAGAAACCAAUAAAUACAUCCAUUUCUCUUUUUUUUUUGUUUUAUUGAUGCGCACAUGUCCCCCUGGUGUCGGGGUUGCGGGUUUGAGUCCCCGUGAGCGGUGCUGCUCGACGAGAGCUGCCCGGGUUGUGCAGGCGACGACGAUGCAUCGUUGCAGGAUUUAUUAUCCCGGCGUGUCCGACUGAGAUGGAGCCCGCCCGGCUCAGAUGGAGCUGCUAGCGAGCUAACGGAGCCGGAAUCCGGUGGACCUGGGUCGAUAUACUGGAGCUUAUGCGGCGGUUUCUGCAACAUUAUUAUCACAUCCUUCACGUUUUGAUUGACUCAACAUGCCGGUGCCGGCGGAAAAUCGCUAACUUACCCCCCACCCCCGUUUUAAGUUCCCUGCUUGAGGGAUUUGUCCUCGCUUUUCACAGUUGGUGACACCUUUCGCCGUCCUUGGAUGCUUCAGUGACCUUAAUUGGACGGUGUGUAUCAGGAUGGCACAGCUUUUGGACGGGGCAGGCAAACUGGGCUGGGUUCUCCUCAAGUCUGUGCUUCGUUUCUUGUUUAUGUUCAUCAACAACUGUGCAGCCAUCCCAUCCUAUUGCUUAUAUCUGGUGCUUCUUCAGCCCCUGAGAAUAUGGGACCGCUCCACUUUCUGGUACAUUGAAGGAGUCAUGUUCAAAUGGCUACUGGCCAUGGUGUCUUCGUGGGGCUGGGUUGCAGGUUAUACAGUCACAGAGUGGGGCGAUGACGUGCGGCCCAUCUCCGAAGAGGAAGCCAUGGUCAUCGUUAAUCAUCAAUCUACAGGAGAUGUUUGCACUCUCAUGAUGUGCCUGCAAGACAAGGGCACGGUGGUACGAAAAAUGAUGUGGUUGAUGGACCAUGUGUUCAAAUACACCAACUUUGGCCUAGUAUCCCUGAUUCAUGGGGACUUCUUUAUUAGACAGGGUAAAGCUCACAGAGACAAGCAGCUGGUCUACUUGAAAGAUCACUUAGAAAAAUACUACCACAGCCGUGACAGAAAGUGGAUAGUGCUAUUUCCUGAGGGCGGCUUCCUUCGGAAAAGGCGGGAAACCAGCCAGUUGUUUGCCAAGAAACACUCUCUCCCUCACCUGACCCAUGUUACGUUGCCUCGUCUCGGGGCCACCCAUGUCAUCCUGAAAUGCCUGUCAGCCCAACAGGAGAACGGCACCAUUGGCAGUGAUACAGGGACCCCAAACCAGACAGCUAAACGUAAAGGCCUGCAGUGGGUUAUAGAUGUAACCAUAGCGUACCCUAAAGCCAGACCAAUGGACAUCCAGACGUGGAUCUUUGGUUACAGGCCUCCUACAGUCACACAUGUGCAUUACAGGAUGUACCCGAUAAAAGAAGUUCCUCUGGAGGCAGAGCCCCUGACUGACUGGCUGUAUCAGAGGUUUGUGGAGAAGGAAGACUUGCUGGCCCACUUCUAUGACACAGGGUCUUUCCCUCCAGAAGGACACAAGGAGGCAGUUUCCCGGCAGAUGGGCGUCAAUCCAAUGUGGCUGUGCAUCAUUCAAGUGUUUGCUUUUGCUUCUGGCUACAUGUGGUACAGCGUCCUCCAGUACCUCUACUGCUGUUUAUUUUGAGCGCGCUGAUGGGGCAGAAGUCUUUAUCGGACCACUGGAGAAGCCUCAGGAUCAGUUGGUGUGUGGCCAAGCGUCAUACUGUUCCCCUACGAUGGAUGAAUGUACAUUUACAACAGCGGAAAGACUCGACAGGAAACCGUUCAAAAUAAAAAAAAAUUAUAAUAUAAAAGAAAAGUAAGCAAACAGAUUUACAAAAACCCCAUAUAAUAUGAACCUGGUCACAAGUGUAGUUAAGUUGUGCACAGCCCUAACAGCAGGCCCAGAGGAAAAAUUGCUCACAUCUGUCACUUAGACACAUUUUGAUGUUUACACGCCCACAUACAUGUAGACACUCACACGUACAUGACUUUUAUUCAAGGUUGACAACAUGAGGCUCAGGACUCCUCCAGAAGAAGCUCUGGACUUGACCCUCGUCCCCUCCGAGGCUUUAGGCGUCGUAGUUUUACCGAGUGUAACGUGCGUAUGGACGGGUGUGGAAAAAUAUAUCCGACUAGAAACAAAAACGUCUGCCCUUACUUUUCUUGGUGGUGAGAGUCGCCGAAGCCCACUGGACCUCUCAGUCAGUCUGCUGACAAACCCGCUGACUACACCUUCCAGAGUGAGCGGCUACAGCGAACGUUGAGGCCGCGCAGCUGCUGCUCCUCUGGCUUUCAUUGCACUAAAGAUCCAUACUGCCCUAAUUGUUCCCCUGCCCCUGGAAAUACCCUCCCGAGUGGUAGCUGUCAAUGUUUGAUUUAUUUUAUUUUCUUCCUUUUAACCUGCAUAUCUUCACAACAACGGUUAUUGUAUUGUUGUUCAUGUCUUCGUUGUGUGUGUGUGUGCGUGUGUGUGUGUGUUCAGAACACUGUCCGAAUGUCUGUUGAGGCAGUAUUGUGAGCUUGCUUAAAAAAAAAGGGGGGGAGGGCGUCUUGUUUACACUGGCAACUGUAUUUUUUGUUUCUUGUUUUUAUUUUUGUUUUGUUUUGGUUUUUUUAUCGUCAGGGAGGAAGAGAGAGUAAAAAGAGAAUAAUGUGGUGGAAACACAGGGCGAGAUAUGCAGUCUAAAUCACCUAAAAAUAACUUGUGGAUUCCCUCUUUUCACCCCUCCGCUCUCUGGGUCGCAUACAAACACGCACACGCGGUCUUUUGCAGAUGCAGAGAGCAGAGCAGACCUCUGCCUCGAGGAUCAACAGAGAAAGGCAGACAGAAGACAGAGACUCUUACUCCCCUACUGGACUACGUAGUUUUCCAAAUAUUUAAGCCAUAUGCUUAGUGUUGGAGGAGGGACGAACACGUGAGGAAGACAUGAGGAAUACAUGAAGAAGACGAUGUGAUUUUUAAAUAGGAAGCUACUUUAAUGUCGAGCAUUCUACGAUAGAGAUUUUGGCUUACAGAAAUAUAGGUGUCAUAACUGUAUAUUUACAGCAUAACCUGCCUAAGUGAGUGUGUGUGGUCGACUUUAUCCCCCCCCAUUUUUUGAUAUAUAUGACAGGUAUGUUGCUAGUGUUGCUCUGUGAUGUCAGAGUUUGGUGACAAGUUCACCUCCAGGGGUCGAAUUAUUUCAAUUUGAAUUACAUGAGCUUGUUUUUCUCCAUGCCAUGGUAUGUUGAAAUCUUGUACAUAAGGAAAAAAAAAAAGAGAAAAUGUUGGAAAUGACUGCAGUAUCUCUCUUUUGGUCCUUGAUAAUAUUAGAAACUUUUAUUUUGAAAUAUGAAUGUUUUAAGAGAAAAAGAAAUGAAUUUACCUUCAUUUUCCAGUAUUACCCUGUUUGUUUUAUCUUUUUUUUUAUUUUAAUAUUAUUAUUAUUAUUAUUAUUAUUAUUAUUUUUGACCUUGUGCUUCAUAACAUCGUUGCUACUGAAAGUUCAUGUGUGCAGCGGCACAUGAGCCCGGUUGCAAACCUUUUAAAUAGUCAGGAUUCAGUGGAAGAACUCUUAAGCCUUACCAGAUGUACUGGUUGACCACGAUCCUAAAUAAAAGUGGUUUCCUCGCGUUCGUUCUCAACACAUUUGGUGUUGGUACUUUUCUGAAGACCUCCAAGAUAAAAGUGGACUAGUGUCACUAAGCAGUGGUGCGCUCACAAAUGUACCUGCGGUGGUUUCCAGGUCAGUUGUCUCUAACUUGAAUAGCCUGCUUUGAUUUUGAAAUUUGCAGUGGAGCAGUCACUGUCAUAAGCUAAUUUAUAAACGGAUCAUUUCAAUGGUUGCUGCCCCACGUCUGUACCACUGGUGGUAAAAACUGUGUGAAGUAACAAAAAAGAAAAAAGAAAAAAAAAAAAGACUACCUGACUGGGUAGGUGAAAACAUUUAAAUCGGACUGUAAUUGUGUUUUGUCCCGUGUCCUUUUCAGAUUUCCCUCCAUCAUAAGAGUGACUUGACUUGAAAUGAAGAUGAAUCUUUUUGUUUUUCUUUUUUUUUUUUUCUUUUCUUUUUUUUUUAUGUUUUGACCAUGUUUCCAAAGAAGGCAGGGAAAUGAUGCUUUCCUAGAUGUGGUUUUAGGGAAAUGAACACAAUAGGAAUUUCAACAGAUUAUAUUAGAACUGUCUGUAAUUUUCCAUUUUGUACUUCUCCUUUAAUUCCUAGCUACACAGCCAUUUUACAACACAAACGACUUGUGCUGGAAUAAAACAUCAUAAAGAUCUAAAA